AUGGCUUCUUCUGCUCGGAACAUCUUGCUCGUCAUCGCCGACGAUCUCGGCAAGAAUCUCAACAUCUACGGACAAGAAAACUGCCCCGACACGCCCAACCUCGACCGCCUCGCAUCACAGGGAAGUGUCUUUGACUAUGCGUUUGCAAGCACGGCAUCGUGUUCCGGCAGCCGCUCAACCAUAUAUACGGGACUGCACACCCACGAGAACGGGCAGUACGGGCUGCAGUUAGGCUACAAGCUACUGCAUUACUUCUCUACGUUCCCGCACAUUGAAUCGCAUCCUUCCUUGUUUAAUGCACUGGGAUAUUUGACAGGCAUUGUGGGAAAAGUGCAUGUCGGACCUGACGAUGUCUAUCCCUUUACAGUCCGGGACGAGAGCAGCACUCGCGAUAUUGCCUGGUUACGAGACCAUGCAAAUUCAUUUGUAACCCGCGCCAAAGAUGAGAAAAAACCUUUCUUCUUGACAGUUGCAUUUUCGGAUCCUCACCGUGAUAUGACUCGCGGCGGAUUCGCCAACGAUACCACAUAUCCUGAAGUCAUCGAGAAGAAAUACGACCGAGCUACAAUCAAUGUGCCGGAGUUUCUGACGGAUGUACCCGAGGUUCGUCAGGAGCUUGCUGAGUACUAUCAGUCAAUCCAUCGAAUGGAUCAAGGCAUCGGCAUGUUUCUCGACAUGCUUGAGCAACAGGGUGUAGCAGAUGAUACCCUGGUUGUCUUUCUCAGCGACAAUGGACCUCCCUUCAUCAAUUCGAAAGCCACCCUCUACGACUCCGGUGUGCGUCUUCCUAUGGUGAUUCGCUGCCCAGGCAAGAAAACCGGAACGCGCAACCAAAACCUCAUUUCGUAUUUGGAUUUGCUCCCCACAUUCCUGGACUGGGCUGGGCACAGCGAGAAGAACAAGCCAGAUGCAAGUUCUCGGCGAGGAAGGUCUUUUUUGUCUAUCCUCGAUAGCGAGAAAAUUGAGGCGGGCUGGGAUUUGGUUUUCGGAUCCCACACAUUCCACGAGACUGUUUCCUACUAUCCUACUCGAUUCUUGCGUACGCGUCGUUACAAAUACCACCGCAAUAUUGCAUGGAAGCUUGACUUUCCAUUCGCGGGUGAUCUGUAUGGUGCGCUUUCAUGGGAAGGAAUCCGCAACAUGCCGCCGCCUGUUAAGAUUGGUGAGCGUCUGCUGCGGGACUAUAUUCAGCGGCCGCCAGAGCAGUUGUUCGAUUUAAAAAACGAUCCGCAGGAGGUGGACAAUCUGGCCGAAAUGCCAGAGCACGCAGAAACAUUGAAAGAAAUGCGCAGUAUUCUUGAGCAGUGGCAACGCGAUACGGACGAUGCAUGGUUGCUCCGUGAUGGGCAAUCGGUACGUGUACUGUAUAAUCAUCUCGACUCCGGGCUUAUUCUUCCUGAUCGGUUUGAUUUUGAUGUUGACAGACCCGGGAACAAGUAA